AUGGCCGGCGGAAGUAGCUCCGGCUCGUCCCUAGAGUAUACUCCGACGUGGGCGGUGGCGACUGUCUGCUUCAUCAUGAUCACCAUCUCUAUUUUCAUAGAACACUCCAUCCAUCUCCUCACAAACUUGCUCAAAAAGCACAGGAAGACGGCUCUAAUUGAUGCAGUCGACAGGCUUAAAUCGGAGCUUAUGUUACUAGGUUUUGUGUCGCUGUUACUAGCAGUGAGCCGAAACACCAUCGCCGGAAUCUGCAUACCGCCGAGGUUAGCUAACGUCAUGUUACCGUGUCAGAAACAACUCGAUGAUGAUAAGUCUUCCGACAUUAAAGAUUCUUGUACCCAAAAGGGAAAAGUGUCGUUGGUGGCUAAAAAAGCAAUCCCACAGCUUCAAAUCUUGAUAUUUGUGUUAGCAGUAAUGCAAAUUGUCUACUGUCUUCUCACAAUGGCGUUGGGAAGGGCCAAGAUGAAAAAAUGGAAGACUUGGGAAAAAGAAACUGACACAAUUGAAUACCAGGCUGCAAAUGAUCCAAACAGAUUUAGGUUAACAAGACAAACAACGUUUGGGAGACGUCACAUGACGACAUGCACCGAAUCCACAAUUCACUUGUGGAUUAAAUGUUUUUUCAGGCAAUUCUUUAAUUCGGUUGCAAAAGUCGAUUAUCUUACCCUCAGGCACGGCUUCAUAUCGGCUCACUUAUCAGCACAAAGCAAAUUCAAUUUCCAAAAGUACAUAGAAAAAUCUCUUGAAGAAGAUUUCAAAUCAAUUGUUGGUGUUAGCCCUCUUAUGUGGUUCAUUGUUGUGAUCUUACUCCUUGUGGAUGUUCACGGUUGGCAUGCAUAUCUUUGGCUCUCUUGUAUUCCCCUACUGAUAGUAAUUGUUGUUGGAACAAAGCUUGAAGUGAUAGUGGUAGAAAUGGCUAUUCAGUUAAAGAAUUUGAAUUCAGUAAUCCUCGGAGCUCCGUUGGUUCGACCUAGCGACGAUUUUUUCUGGUUUCGGAGGCCAAAAUUCAUUCUAACCCUAAUUCAUUUCACUCUCUUUGUGAAUGCAUUUGAGCUUGCCUUCUUCAUUUGGGUCACUAUACAAUUCGGAUUCAAUUCUUGUUAUCACGAACAUCUAGCGAUCACCGUCACAAGAAUAGUUCUAGCGGUCACAAUUCAAGUGCUAUGUAGUUAUAUUACUCUACCCUUGUAUGCACUUGUGACACAGAUGGGUUCAGAAUUCAACAGUGGAUCAGUGCUAAAUGAUAAAGUUGUGAAAAUCUUAAAGCAUUGGCACAAUAGUGUUAGAGAUAAAAGGAAGAUGAAGAAACAUGAAGAAGAUGAUGAUCAUCAACCGCAAUCUUUUAUAUCUCCUUGCAGCCCUAAUAUGGAUUUUUCUGGUCAUGGACGACGCCGCAAAUGGAAUGAGCAAGAAGAAAGUUCGUCUAGGGUUUCGUUGAAUGAGAUUAAUGCGACUGUCAACAACCGAUCGAGCCAAGAUGAAGAGUAA